AUCACAGGGCUCACGCUGCGCUCUCACAAUGGACCUCGAGGCAAACCCCUGGUGACACCGAGCUGAACUCUUCCCCUGGGCCUCCAGAGCAUUCUGAAUUUGUGGACAAGAGCCCUUUUACUACCAGUAUAAAUUCAAAUUCCAGAAAAAAACUUGACGCUGUUUUGGAGCCAUGUGAUGGGACUGCCAGAAAUCAGGAGCUACAGGAAGGGGAAGAUAUGUCUACGAGUCAGUUUGAACAGCGGAAGAAACCUCUAGAUAUGUUCUUCUGGGCAAACGAGGUAACUGGAGAAAUCACCUACCCCCCACUGAAAGCUGAUAUACCUGCAGCUUCUCCUGAGAAACCCCGAGAGGGUCCCAGGUCUCCGCGAGGGAGCGUGCAGGGGGCUCCUCCCAGUCCCCAGGGCCCGACUGCCACACCUGCCCGGAGACCUGCCCCUCCUCCCUCGUCUGAGGCUUCAACCAGAGACACAGACUCAAGAAACGCCCUCCCCCCUACACUGACCUACGCCAAGGUGGGGGUGCAGAGGCCCCUGUCAUUCUCAGCAAUCCCUGUCACCAUCUCAUCACCAGGAGGGACUCUGCCAGCACUCAGCCCCUUCAGACCAGCUCCUCAGCCACCAGCCUCGACUUUCUCUGUCAGCUCUUCUGCCUCCUGGGCCUUCACCUGCAAGCUGAAAAAUGUCCUUGCUGGGAACAACCGAUUUUCCUUUUGAACCCUGAGAGACCUUGCCUGGCCACGCCCUUUAAGCACCUUUGUAAGCCACACAUGGCCAGGGCGGCCACCCGCCUGUACACCCUCGUGCUCUGCCUCCCCCAGAAGCACAGGACUGGCCCCAGGGAUCUUGUAGGAAU